AUGACAGUGACAGCGACGGGGAGCAGCAGACGCAGUCGCGUGGGCUUCUUCCAGGUGGCGUUGGUCUGUACGGGCAUCAACAUCUGCAUCACGGCGUAUCUGGCCGUGUAUCUGCCCUACAUCAAGCGAAUCAAACUCGAAUGGAGCGUCUACUGCCCCCGGAUGAUACCUACAGCCACAAUUGUAGGGGUUGUGGCUGCAUUUUGCUAUAUCUGCGCCUUCUGGCCGAUCUGGGGGCUGCUCACUCCGGGGCUACUUGGACUCUUGUUUAUUGGAGCGCUCAUGAUGGCGCACUUCCUGCCGUCGAUCUAG